CCCUCAUUUUAACCCUCUUCCACGUACACCCCCCUUCCCUUACAAUAUAUCCCUCUUACACUCCCUCCCAUCUUACACAUUACACUCACCACAUUUACAAAAAUAAAAAAAAACACAACACAUACCAUUCAACAACAUGCAAACAAACAUGUCAUCUUAUGAACAACAAAGGCAACACCAACAACACCACCACCCAAUUAGCCCAACCACCCGUCAAACCGUAAAGUUCCUAACCGCCUCAACCAUCGGCACCGUCCUCUUAGUCCUAUCCGGUCUAACCCUAACCGGUACCGUCUUAGCCCUAGUCUUAGCCACACCCGUCCUAGUCCUCUUUAGUCCUAUCCUUGUUCCUGCCCUAAUAACAAUCUUUUUAAUUGCAUCUGGCUUCGUGUUCUCGGGUGGGUGCGGUGUUGCGGCCCUAUCGGCUUUGUCGUGGAUAUAUCAGUAUACGACCGGGAAGCACCCGCCCGGUGCUGAUAAAUUGGAUAGUGCUAGGAUGAGGAUUGGUAACGCGGCUUGGGAGGUUAAGGAAAAGGCUAAGGAGAAUUUGCAAUAUGUACAACAUAAGGCUCAAGAGGCUACUACUACUAGUAGUACUACUGAUCAUAACACUUAUCAUACUAGUCAAGCUCAAACUUCUUAGUAUUUUGUAGGGUUUUAUUUUUGCACCACUUUUUUUUUUCGUGUUGUUUUUGUUUUGAUUUAAUUAGUGUUUUUAUUUUGGUUGUAGAAGUACUUUUGUUUUUGGGUGGGAAGGCAAUUUAAAGCUGUAUUUGCCAUGUGAUGAGAUAAGUGUAUGGAUAGGAAAUGAUAAGUGCAUUUUA